AUGGCUACGAAAAAAUCGGAGAACAGACGUCCCGCGCUACUUUCUCGCACUCGCCCACCAACAGUUCAGAAGAAAAAUGCAGCCUUAUCAGCAAAGGCAACGCGAACUCUCAUACGCUCUCAUCACACACUUUUAAAACAGCGAGCGCAAGCACUAAAAUCAGGCGACCAGGAUUUAGUGCGCAAGCUCGAGGCGGAUAUACGAGCAAACGGUGGACUAAAAAGUUAUCAGAUAGCAAGCAAGCUUGGUCAAUCUCUAGACCGCGGCGGCGACUCAAGCAGAGUCCUUGUCAACUGGAUCAGCCCUAGUUUGAACGUAUUGAGAAGCACGUCUCUGAAGCUCCGGGUCCUCGAGAUCGGUGCGCUCAGUACCAAGAAUGCAUGCUCUCAGCACAAACACCUCGAUGUCACGAGAAUUGAUUUAGACUCUCAGGAACCCGGGAUCUUGAAGCAGGAUUUCAUGGAACGACCGCUUCCCCUAAGUAAUGACGAACGGUUUCACAUCAUAUCACUCUCCCUAGUGCUGAAUUACGUCCCUGAUCCAGUCGAUCGAGGAGAAAUGUUGAAGCGUUGUGUUACUUUCUUGACCAAGGAACCACCGCAGGGCUCCUCUAUAACUAUUGUGCCAAGGUUGUUCCUUGUGCUCCCUGCUCCCUGCGUCACAAACUCGCGAUACCUUACUCAGCAGAGACUGCACGACAUUCUGACAAGUAUUGGUUUUUCUCUGGCAGAGGACAAGCAAACGACAAAAUUAAUAUACCAGCUUUGGGAGUACGACGGAAUAUGCCAGCCCAAGCAGUUCAAGAAGGAGCUUCUAAAUCCAGGGAAAACGAGGAAUAAUUUUGCUAUUGUUAUCAAGAGUGGAAGCCAAUAAACAGAAACUAUCUCGCAUGG